UCUCUCUAAAAAUUACCCCUCACUUUUUCUCUCUCUCUCUACCCUGUUUGUUUCCACAUCCAGAAAAAAAAAUCUAGAGAGGAAACAAAUACCCUGUUUCUAUCGCUCAUCCCUCCGUUUUUAAAACGGACCAACAUCGAAACCAAACAAAAAAAAAAAACCCAACGAGAGACAGAAGACCCUAGAUUUCUGGGGGACCUAGGGGUUGGUCAUUUUCGUCAUUUCACGAUAUGCAUCGGCGAUAACGGAAGCCAUUAAUAUCGUCGGCAAAGAAGAACAAGAGAUAGAGAGAAGAUGUACAGAGGGGAAGGAGCGGUUGGUGGGUCCAAGGGAGAGGUGGGGGCGGUGGAUCGAAAGCGGAUCAACGAGGCGCUUGAUAAGCAGCUCGAACGAUCCUCGCCCUCCACUUCCAGAGUGAUCAACGGCAAGGAUAAGUCCGCACGUUACCUCCUCCCCGGAAAGCAUCCACCUGAUCAUCAUCGCGACUCUCGCUCCGUUUCUCUACCCAAACCCAACGCUGAAGAUGAAUCUGAAACAGACAGUGAAGAGUCAGAUGUUAGUGGUUCUGAUGGAGAUGACACGUCUUGGAUUUCAUGGUUUUGCAACCUACGUGGAAAUGAAUUCUUUUGUGAAGUUGAUGAUGACUACAUCCAAGAUGAUUUUAACCUUUGUGGGCUUAGCAGCCAAGUUCCUUAUUAUGAUUAUGCACUUGAUUUGAUUUUGGAUGUUGAAUCGUCCCAUGGAGAUAUGUUUACAGAGGAGCAAAAUGAAUUAGUUGAAUCUGCAGCGGAGAUGCUUUACGGUCUGAUUCAUGCCAGAUACAUAUUGACAAGCAAAGGAAUGGCUGCUAUGCUAGAUAAGUACAAGAACUAUGAUUUUGGAAGAUGCCCCAGAGUUUAUUGCUGUGGACAACCUUGUCUUCCAGCUGGUCAAUCAGAUAUCCCUCGGUCAAGCACCGUAAAAAUAUACUGCCCUAGAUGUGAAGAUAUCUACUACCCUCGGUCCAAGUAUCAAGGCAACAUUGACGGAGCCUAUUUUGGGACCACAUUUCCACACCUGUUCCUGAUGACAUACGGGCACCUGAAGCCACAGAAGGCAUCUCAAAGCUACGUUCCAAGAGUAUUUGGGUUCAAGAUCCACAAGCCAUAGUUGUUGCAGGUUUUAUCGCCAAGCUUCUAUUAUGGAAGUAAUGCUUUUGAAAGAUCAGGUAUAGUUUGACAGUCCUCUUUUAAGUAGUCAUGUUUCUAGAGCCUUUCUUUUAUAUGUUGAAAAAGAAUUACCAUAAAAACAUAUUUGCAAACCAGCAAGUGUUCAUUUUCAACGUAGCAGCCUUUUCCUGGGGGUCGUCUUUCAUCCAAAAUUCAUUCUUGGUAGAGUAUCUAUUAAAUUUCCCUUUUAGAUAUACCCUCCAUUGUACUGUACUUGAUGUUGAUGAUGAUGAUUAUUAUUUUUUAA